CCUUAUGCAGGUUCCGAACUGCGGUCGGUUCCGAUCCAAUCCAUGGCAAAAGACUCAGGCUAAAUCAAUGCCCGCCAUGCUGGGUUACAAGACACCCAGAUAAGCUUUCUUUUCUUGAUCCGCACAGGAGCCAAAAAUGAGAAAAAAAAGGAAGAGGGAGAGAGCACAAAAGACAGACUGAAAUAGGAUCUGAACUGUCAAAAUUGUAGUGAUAUUAGGAGGAGAAGCCGUGUUUUUCAGAAACCGAAACGAAGAGUUUCCAUUGCGGAGAAGGGUUUCCUAAAAGACUUACAAUUAAAGAUGUCAAUAAAGAUUUCAGCGUGACUGUGUAUCUGUUAUGUUUUUGGUAAUUUAAUGAAACACUGACCUCAAUGCUCUCCAAGAUUUUGAUCCUGAGAGAGAGAGAGAGAGAGAGAGAGAGAGAAAUUCUUGACCCAAUCCUUUUGGCAUUCUCAGUCUUCCCCUCUCAAGAACAUAUCAAGUCAAGAGCUGGUUUUUAUUCACUUCCCUUAUUCUGCUGAUUCUCUACUUAUGAUCUUUCUUCUUCCCUUGUUUUCAAACCCUGGUUAGUCACACUGCAUAACACCGUCUCUUUGAGUUCUUGCUGGAGUUGGUGGGCGAUUCUCAGCUCUCUCUCUUCUUCUCUCUUCUUCUCUCUUCAUCUUCUUGGCUCCCUUUUUUUGGCCGAAAACAGAAAAUAACCCCGUCCUCGCACAUCCCCUUCUUUUGGUUUCGUUUUCGUCCUAGGAGUGCGCUCGUGUUCUUCUUGCUGCUUCUUGAUUCUCUGUUCAUCCUGAAUUUUCUGAUCUUUCUCGCAUGGAUGGUCUGAGAGGAAGCCAGGAUCAGACAGAGCGAGUGCAGCUACCCCAUCAAGAUCGUAGGAAGAUGGCAGAACCCGAUCCUUUGGAAAGAUCGGAAUCCUGGAGCCAGAUGCCGAAAAAAGACCCGCUCUGGAUUAAGCUCAAGAUAUCUAAAACGGAGCAAGAGGGCGAGCCGAGCGAGCAGGAGGAGCCUCCUCCGGCAGCUGUCCGAGUUUGUGAAUUCUGCGGCAAGGAGUUCAUGAAUGGGAAGGCCCUUGGGGGCCACAUCAGGAUCCACAAUCAAGAGAAGAACAGGGCGAGCAGCUCGAAGAAAACAGGCGAGUCAAGGCAGAGAAAGCAGAAGGCCAAGUGUGAGAAGCAUGUCCCCGAGGAUCUUCCAGCUCUGGAGAAAGGAAGAGACUUUGAUUGUACAGAGAAAGACGAGGAGACACCAAGUUGCUACAUCUGUGACCGGAGCUUCCCUUCCAUGAAAUCAUUGUUCGGGCACAUGAGGUUCCAUCCUGAGAGGAACUGGAGAGGGGUUCAGCCUCCGGCCCAAGAAAAGGACGGAUCUUGCACAAGAGAAGUCGAAUCCGUGAACCAGAGGACCACAGAUCAAGACGCAGCUUGUUUGGAAGCAGGAAGUUCAGGAUGCUUUGUGAAUCUUUUGAAGGGCUUGCCGAGCUGGUCCAGGACUGAGAAAAGAGGAAGGAAAAGCUUGAUGGCCUCGGAACCUGAGGCUAUUCAUGGCCUCAUGAAGUUGGCAUGUGCUGCUUCUUAUGAAUCGGGCAUAUCUGAUGACCAAGUCAAUGAUGAGAGUCCACUGCGGAAGCGUAGGCUUGAUGAGGAAGAGCUUCCAGGGCCUAGAAACCAAAACCUAGAGCCAACAGAAAAUCGAAUCCAACAAUCAACUAAUGUUGAAGGCGAGGGCUCGUUCAAAGCAGUUUGCAAUCAGGACUAUGAGCUGGAAUAUGCAGACAGGUCUAGGAAAUACAGAAAAGGGGAGAGUUUCAGUCAUAAGUUGGAGAGCAACCCGAAAACAGAGGCUGACAAGAAGAUCAAGGUAAGUGGGAUGUGUGAAACUCGAGAUCUCAGCACUAACAAGGAAUUUGCAGUGAUGCCAGUUAAGGAGGACAAGGUAUUGACACAUCACAGGUUUAAAUGCAUGACCUGCAAUAAGACCUUCCCAACAUUCCAAGCGCUGGGUGGUCAUCGAUCCAGCCACAACAAAGAAAGGGGGGUUGUUCAGCCACCAGAAGCCUCUUUAUCCACCGGUGCUUCGGGUACCGAGAAGAAAAUCAUAUUGAGUCCCAAAAUUCAUGUGGCAGAAACCAACAAUUGCGCAACGAGCUUUGCGCAGGAGGAUGUCAUGACUCACAGGUGCGAGAUCUGCUGCAAGAAGUUCCCAACCGGUCAGGCACUUGGGGGACACAAGAGGUGCCACUGGGUCGGACAAACCGAGGGCCCCCCAUCAAGCGAAGUCGUGUCGCCAGGAGAUCAAGCUAGCCAGAGCGGUCCUAGAGCGCUAGCUUUUGAUCUUAACGAACCUCCUCCAACGGAUGAGGAAGAUGGCGUCAUCUCUGGAUUCAACUGAGCCUGAUCUACUGAGCUGGUUAUUGGCAUUUCCUUCUUUCCUAAUAAGUAAUUGCAGUAAAAUUGAUUCGAGUAGCCAUUGCUUAACUAUGUCUUCCGAAAUUCUUUAGUGCAAAUGCUUUGGUUGCUUGA